AUGUGGACAAUCGUCCUGACUGUCGCUCUGCUCUGCUGCAGCUCUGAAGGCUCCGUGACCUGCCGGAACCAAAACAAUGAUGAAGUGGACUGGUACAUUAUAUACAAGGUGCCCAGACUGCAAAGGGAGGGGUUUACUGGUCUGGAGUAUCUCUACGUUGAUCCGGCUGGACAGGAGCCAAUGCAGGCCAUCAACGACCCUAAUGGUGUCAUAGCAAACACCCUGCGGCCGCUCCUUAUGCCCAUCAGAAAAAUGCCAGAAAAAUUUGGAUUCAUCAGCUACAGUGAUCAACCUCCAGGAUGCAGCGCUAACCCCAGGUUUGGCCACGGUAAAGGAGUUGUGAUGGUGGAUAAAACCAGUACUGAAGCCCCUGGAGUCUGGCUCCUCCACAGCACACCUCAGUUCCCUUUCAGAAGAGAUCAAAAUAAUUUCUGGCCUCCAAAUGGAGAAAAACACGCUCAGACGUUUAUGUGUGUAACGUUCAAGUACAACCAGUUCGCAUCUAUAGGUAAACACCUGCAGUACAUCGGAGCUUUCCCAUUUGAAUAUUAUAUUCCAUCAGACUUUCAUCAAGAACUUAUAGACGCUACAAACUGGGUUCAAGUUACUCCGCCCAAGCCCUCGCAGCCACUGAAAUCAAGAGGAGGUCAAGAGUUUUACAGCUUUGCUAAACAAAAGUCAGAGGAUCCAGAAGUUGGAGAUCUGUACGUCACUAUUGCAAAGGAAGUCCACAGUAAUUUGAAGGCCCAGACGUGGGGCUGCCAGAAAGACUGCAUGUGA